AAGGUGAAGUCAUCUGGUCCAUCAACAUAAACAUCAGUUGCAUCACUUACAUUUUAGUUUAUUUCGAUUUUCUGAUCUGGAUUGUGAGUUAAGCACUCGUGCAGAUGCUUAGCCGACAGUUGUUGAGACAUGGCAUGCCCUUAGGGAUGCUUGUCUCCCUAACAAGAUAAACAACACCAGCUUGUCAUGGAUACAGAUGCUUAUGCUGCUGCAAAGAAUCGGUCCAUUAUUGGCAACAAACGGAGCGUGUUGCGUAAUAUUCUUUCUGCCUAAUGGGCUUUGCCAGCAGAACAGCUUUUGUUUCUUGACUAUAAAUAGAGUGCUACAAUGGUUGAGCACCAACAGAGUACAGUUCUUCUCUUAUCUUACAUUUCAGACAGAAGAACAUCUUCAGUUUAUCCAUUAGAAACAUGGCCUGCCAUCAAAGAUCUGCAAGUUUGCCUUCUAUUCCCCACUCCAGUGUAUCCAAAGUGGAGAUAGAGCUGCAGGAUCUGAAAUCAUGCAUCUCUUCACCCUCCCCAACCAUGGACACAGUGUGUGGUGGUUUCACGAGGCUUGGAGACAUCUACAACUGCAUUGAAGAGAUCAUGAGCUUGCCCAGCAACCAAGUUGGCUUCUCCUUUCCCCAAAACAAGAAGAUGGUGGAAGAGGAACUGGAAAGAUCCCUCGUGCUGAUUGAUCUCUGCAAUACCAUGCAAGAGAACUUAGCAAAUCUGAAGCUUAGUACCCAGGAGCUACAACUGGUUGUCAAGAGAGGAGAUGAUACGGCUGUGCAACUCAAGGUUGGGUCGUUCGUUCGCCUCGCGAAACAGGCUCAGAAGCCUUUCAAGAAGAUCACAAGCAGCAAAGCUACUGCUGCGGAUUGCAGGCUGGUCAGGCUACUGGCGGAAGCCAGAGAGAUGUCUGUCUCUCUACUUGAAUCCACAUCGCAUCUGUUGCCGAAGCAGUUCACGACCACCAAAGGAAGCAAAUGGUCUCUUGUCCAGAAAAGAAAGGUCGUUUGUGAGGAGGAGCAGUUGCAAGCGCUGGAGCAAAGCAUGGGAGGUCUUGAGAACGGUGCUGAGUUUCUGUUCAGGAGAUUGAUCCAAAGCAGGGUUUUGCUUCUGAACAUUCUUAGCUCGUAGAUAUUUCUCAGGCCAUGUUUCUUCAGUACCUUGUGAUUGGCAUCCACUUUUUAAAGGAUUCACCAGUCAUAUAAGCCUUUCUAGUUUGCUUAGAGUACCAAAUGUACAUACAGAUGAUCAGUUGAUAAAAACAGUUUUUACCACGUUCAUACUGACUGCUGAUUUCACUAAUAUUUACCAGGCGGAGGUGUUUAUUAUUCAUAGAUGAAUGUCAUGUUGAUAUGUUCUCUAUUCGAGUAUACAAUUAAUGUUAAGGAGCUGAAAAGGAAAUUCCUUGUAAGAAGAUGGCAUGUAGUAGAGUAUCAGUGAAGAUCAAAUAAUUCACAGUUUUGGUAAUAAGUAGGAGCUUGUUUUAUAAUUAUUUCUAGCUAUAGAAUAUAUAAGUUGUACACCUGUACAAUUUUUAUUUUUCCUUAUCCCUGAAAUGUCCAUGUUACAUCACACCAAUUAAAAUUCCAAUUGGCGCCAUCAUCUGUUUCUUGCAAUACACUAUCAAUAUUGAACAUGACAGCUCUAGGCCAUGUGGUCGUGGGUCAUAAUUACCUGAUUAGCAUAGCUUACAAGUACUAUUAUGUUAACAGGUGUACCAGACGUAAGCACAUGCCACUAAUAAUUUAGAUCCUCUGUAUAUAGAGGCCGUAACCACUAGUUCAACUGAUAUUCUAUUCCACAUGAAGAUACCUUACAUCUCUUUUGAUGAGUUGUUUCGACUGGUCAAGAAUGCUGAUCCUUUUGUGGUGGAUCCUGUUGCAGGUUGAUGAAACAUGACAACAAU